AUGUCUCAAGAAGAAGCUACAAAGGCUGCCACUGAUGGAGUUGCUAACUUACAUCUAGAUGAUGUUACUGGUGAAAUGGUCUCCAAGUCCGAAUUGAAGAAACGUAUCAAGCAGAGACAAGUAGAGGCUAAGAAAGCCGCUAAGAAGGCUGCUGGUACCCCACAACCUGAGUCCAAGAAGAAGAAAUCUGACUUGAUGGCUGAUCUAUCUCCAGCGCAAUAUUUCGAGGCUAGAAGUCGUCAAGUUAAGGAAUUGAGAAACACUCAUUCACCAAACCCUUACCCACAUAAAUUCCACGUAUCGAUUACCAACCCUGCGUUCUUGGAGAAGUACGCUUACUUGGAAAGAGGUCAAACUUUGCCCGAUGAGAAAGUUUCUAUCGCCGGUAGAAUCCAUGCCAAGAGAGAGUCAGGUUCCAAAUUGAAGUUUUACGUAUUGCAUGGUGAUGGUGUUGAAGUUCAAUUGAUGUCUCAGUUGCAAGAUUAUUACGAUGAAAAAGCUUACGAAGCUGAUCACGAUCUGUUGAAGAGAGGUGAUAUCGUUGGUGUUGAAGGUUACGUUGGUAGAACUCAGCCAAAGAAAGGUGGUGAAGGUGAGAUCUCCGUUUUCGUGAGCCGUGUUGAAUUGUUGACUCCAUGUUUGCACAUGUUGCCAGCUGAUCACUUCGGUUUCAAGGACCAAGAGACUAGAUACAGAAAACGUUACUUGGAUUUGAUUAUGAACAAGGACUCUAGAAAGCGUUUCAUCACUCGUUCCAAGAUUAUCACUUAUAUUAGAAAAUUCUUGGACUCUAGAGAGUUUAUCGAAGUUGAAACUCCAAUGAUGAACGUUAUCGCUGGUGGUGCCACUGCCAAGCCAUUUGUCACACAUCACAACGAUUUGAACAUGGAUAUGUUUAUGAGAAUUGCUCCAGAGCUUUUCUUGAAAGAAUUGGUCGUUGGUGGUAUGGACCGUGUUUACGAAAUUGGUAGACAAUUCAGAAACGAAGGUAUCGAUAUGACUCACAACCCAGAAUUCACUACUUGUGAAUUUUAUCAAGCAUUCGCAGAUGUUUACGAUUUGAUGGAUAUGACCGAAGUCAUGUUCUCUGAGAUGGUUAAGGAAAUCACUGGUUCAUACGUGAUCAAGUACCACCCAGAUCCAAGCAACCCAGAAAAGGAGUUGGAAUUGAACUUUGCUAGACCAUGGAAGAGAAUCAACAUGAUCGAAGAGUUGGAAAAGAGAUUUAACGUCACUUUCCCAGCCGGUGAUCAACUUCACACCGCUGAGACCGGUGAAUUCUUGAAGAAAAUCUUGUCUGAUAACAAGAUGGAAUGUCCUCCACCUCUAACUAACGCCCGUAUGCUUGACAAGCUUGUUGGUGAACUAGAAGAUACUUGUAUCAACCCAACUUUCAUCUUUGGUCACCCACAGAUGAUGUCUCCAUUGGCCAAGUACUCUAGAGACAAGCCAGGUCUAUGUGAGCGUUUCGAGGUCUUUGUUGCAACCAAGGAGAUUUGUAAUGCAUACACAGAGUUGAACGAUCCAUUUGAUCAAAGAGACCGUUUUGAAGAACAAGCUAGACAAAAGGAUCAAGGUGAUGAUGAAGUUCAAUUGAUCGACGAAGUGUUCUGUAAUGCUCUAGAAUAUGGUCUACCUCCAACCGGUGGUUGGGGUUGUGGUAUCGAUAGACUGGCCAUGUUCUUGACCGAUUCUAACACUAUCAGAGAAGUUCUCUUAUUCCCAACGUUGAAACCAGAUGUCUUGAGAGAUGAAGUCAAGAAGGAAGAAGCACAAGCUAAAACUGUUUAA